AUGUCCACUGCUUCUGCUGCAACAAGUGCUAGAGUCAAGCUAUCAAAGGAUCCAGGAUGGGAUUAUGGACAACCGUUACCUGGUGAUAAAAAUGCAGUUAAAUGUGAUUUCUGUAAAAUUGUUACUAAAGGUGGUAUAAACAGACACAAACAACAUCUUGUUGGUGGUUUUAAAAAUGUUUCACUUUGUAGUAAAGUUCCGAAGCAAGUUCAGGAAAUCAUUAGGAAAUAUAUGCAACAACAAGAUAAAAGCAAGAAUGAGAAACAAAGAUUGAAAGGGAUUAACAUGGGUGUUGAGAACAUUAAUGUGUUUGAAAGUGGUAGCAAUGCUGAUUUCUCGAGAGAUUAUGGAGAGGAAACGAGUCCACCACCAACAACUCUGGCUUCUAGUACUGGUAAUUCACAUUUAAAACCCAAAGUUAAAGGUCCUAUAGAUACUAUGUUUCCACCGAAUCCAAGCUUUACGAAGAUGCUUGCUGCAGUUGGGAAAUUUGGCCCAGAUUUCAAGGGUCCAACUUAUCAUGAAUCAAUUGAUGGUUCUGCACAUGCCAAAACCGCUACACUUUGUCAUCGGAUGAUGCUAGACGUGAUUGAAGAAGUAGGAAGAGAAAGUGUUAUACAAAUUAUCACGGAUAAUGCAUCAAAUUUUAAGGCAGCUGGUGGGUGGAUUCAAGAGGACUUGAACAUUUACUGGACCCGUUGUGCAGCACAUUGUGUGAAUCUAAUGUGUGAAGACAUAUCUGAGAUUCAGAAAUUUGCUGAGGUCGUUUUGAAAUGUAAGACAGUGACUAGGUACAUCUAUAACCAUGUUAACGUUCUGUCGAUGAUGAGAAAGUAUACCAAUGAUCCUGAUUUAACAAGACCAGCUUCAACUAGAUUUUCUACCAGUUGUUUGUCUAUGCAAAGCAUACAUAAAGUGAAGACUGGACUCAAGAUGAUGAUGGUUUCGGAGGAAUGGACAGAAAGUGCAUGGGCGAAAAGUUCUGAAGGAAACAAUGUGCUAGGAUACUGA